UGGUCACAUGGUGAACCAAACAGACAUUAAGCCCCAUAAUCUAACUGGGUUUGAGGUCGAGAAGGAUGCAAACACCUCAUCCAGCCCCAUGGACGACGGUAGUUUGUAACAUAAACCAGAUAAGCUGCUCUUAGUGAAAGUCGUAAAUGAUGAACAUCGAGGGGGAGGAGAUGCGCAAACCAAUCCGGCUCAUCGCGGCUGCCUGCAGUGGUAUGGGCAUAGGAAAGAACGGACAGCUUCCCUGGAGUCUUCCAAAAGAAUUUCAGUUCUUUCUGGAUACAAUUACAGCCGUGUCAGCACCUGGAAAGAAGAACCUGGUUGUCUGGGGCAGAGUCUCCUGGUUCUCUUGUCCUGAGAGGGUCUUCCCUUUGGCCAAUUGCAUCAAUUUGGUGUUGAGCAGGAAGCUGAAUGCAGAGCCUCCACAUGCCCACUAUCUGUGUAAGGAUUUUGGGUCAGUAAUUCGCCUGGUUUCUGAGCCUCCUUUAUGUCACAUUGUGGAGACCGUCUGGGUUUUAGGGGGCCCAGAAGUGUACAAGGAAAGUCUUGAGCAUCCAUGGUGUGACCGCAUCUAUCUCACAGACAUCAUGGCCGACUUUGACUGUGAUGUGUUUUUCCCAAAGUUUGACCGCAACGUUUUCAGAAAACAAAAAGGCUUUCCUGGAGUACCAGAUGAAAUUCAUGAAGAAAAUGGUAUUAAAUUUCAAUUUCAAGUCUUCAAGAAAGAAGCUUAAAGCCACGAGGACCGGGAGUCCAGACUGUCAAACAUGAUGCUGGGUCUGUUUGAUGUUUACAGUAUUUUACAGCAUUUUAUUGGUUUUAAUACAGUUAUGUCAGCUUUGUAGAAUCUUAACAAUAUUGCACAGAAGAACACUUUAACUCAAAGGCUCUUAGCAGCUAACUGGUGCUAUUUCAUCAAUUUUCAAAUCACAACCAUUUCGAAGCAGCAAGUUCUUCAUAUAAACCCUACGAAGAUCAUUUUCCUAAUCUUUUUUGCUCAGUUAUUACAUAAGAAAUCACACCACACAUGAUGUGAAACAGCAGAUGGACUCAGACAAUGCUGUCAGUGAUGAGCAGCACUUCACUCACGAUUACACAUGCAACAGUUUAUGACCACUCACCAGAUCCACUGUUACUCAUCUCACCGUCACCAUGGUGACACAAGUGAAUCAAAGGAUGGGACACAGUAGGAGGCAUAUAUGGUUUGUGUGUACAUACCAUCUGCUCUGUGAACUCAGUGCCUUACUGCAGUUAGUAUUCUUUUUUUGCUGUAUGUGUGUGUGCUUUAUAGGCAGUUCUCAGUGAUGUGUAUUUAACUUUUUUUUUGUUAAAUUGAAUCUUUGGUGCUAUAUUAAAGUUCAUUUCUAAUCCAAA